UCAUGUCCAUGCCCUCCGGGAUCCCAACUGGAAAUCGGCUAUGAUCUCUGAAUUUACGGCUCUCAUUAAUAAUAAGACGUGGGAGUUGGUUCCCCGUCCUCCUAAUGCUAAUGUUAUCCGUUGUAUGUGGUUAUUUAAGCAUAAGUACAAGUCCGAUGGAAGCUUGGAACGUCACAAAGCCCGUUUGGUGGUCAACGGUAAAUCUCAACGGCCAGGGAUUGAUUGGGACGAGACUUUUAGUCUCGUAGUCAAACCGGCUACCAUUCGCACGGUUCUAAGUGUUGCUCUCUCACACUCUUGGCCCGUUCAUCAACUGGACGUCAACAAUGCAUUUUUACACGGGUUUCUUAAUGAGACGGUCUAUAUGCAUCAACCGCCCGGUUUCAAGGAUUCCUCUUGGCCCUCUCAUGUAUGCCUUCUUAAAAAAUCCCUUUAUGGCUUAAAACAGGCUCCCCGUGCAUGGUAUCACCGUUUCGCCAAUCAUGCCACCAAAUUGGGUUUCAAACAUAGUAAAGUUGACCACUCCCUGUUUAUUUAUCAUCAAGCCGGUGCAACUGCCUACCUUCUUCUCUAUGUGGACGGCAUAAUACUUACCUCCACAUCCCAACUACUCGCUAAGCUCAUUUCCCAACUUGGAACAGAAUUUUCAAUCAAAGACCUGGGGCCCCUAUCUUACUUCCUUGGAAUUUCUGUCUCCCGUAACCGCGGAGGACUAUUCCUCUCACAAAACAAAUAUGCGGCAAAAAUUCUUCAACGGGUGGGCAUGGCAUCUUGCAACUCCUCCAGCACACCCGUAGACACAAAAGCUAAACUCAGUGCUGAAUCUGGUCCAUCCGUUCCAGACCCUACCCUCUACCGCAGCCUUGCCGGAGCCUUACAAUAUCUAACCUUCACCAGGCCGGACCUCUCAUAUGUUGUCCAACAAGUAUGCUUAUACAUGCACGAUCUCCGGCUGCCUCAUCUGGAUGCUCUGAAACGUAUCCUUCGCUACGUAAAGGGCACACUGUCCUACGGUCUUCAUCUUCAUCCUUCCCCGUUAGCAAAUUGCUUGCCUAUAGUGACGCCGAUUGGGGUGGUUGCCCGGACACCCGUCGGUCCACAUCCGGGUACUGUGUCUUCUUAGGUGAUAACCUUAUCUCUUGGUCCUCCAAAUGGCAAGCUACCAUCUCUCGAUCCAGCGCCGAAGCCGAAUACCGUGGCAUGGCUAAUGUUGUUGCUGAAACUUGUUGGCUCCGAAAUUUAUUACUAGAGCUCCGGCAUCCUCUUUCCCAGGCUUCUAUCGUAUAUUGCGAUAAUGUUAGUUCCAUCUAUAUGGCUCACAAUCCGGUACAACAUCAACGUACAAAACAUGUAGAAAUGGAUAUACACUUUGUCCGUGAAAAGGCGGCACUGGGGCACGUUCGUGUACUUCACGUCCCUUCCCGUUUUCAAUAUGCUGAUAUCUUUACAAAGGGCCUUCCUCGAAUAUUAUUUCAUGACUUUCGGUCCAGUUUGAACGUUCAAUUACCCCCGAUCAAACUGCCGGGGCGUGAUAGAAUUUAUGCAUCGUUACACAAAUUGGGUCCAUACAUACCCAUACAUGUGCAGCAUGUGCCACACGUCAAAGUUGGAAUCAGUUGCUUAGUAUUAUCAUAAUAAUUAAUAUUGCAAAUAUUAUCUUAUAGUGCGGUUGUAUAGAUAGGUUUAUUCUUCCGUAGCUUUCUCUGAUGUUUAACAAAGUAGGUAGUUUGUAUAGAUACGGCUCUGUAAUUCUUAUCGAUUACUUUGUACACUAUAUAUAUUGGAGAAAUGCCAAAGGCAUAUUCACGGGGAA